ACCAGUAAGCCUGUGCAAUCAGCUACCCUGUCAGAAAACCACAAUGGAACAUUGGAGAGAAACGUGUGGCUAUGAAGCGCCACUGACUUACCUGAAGCGGUAGAAUUGUAGUUCUGACUACAACAGGAUAGGGUGAAUUAUUCGUCACUCGUGGCCUACUCAAAACAAAAACCGCAGACAAACAGCUAAGCUCGCAACCAUACACAAAUGCACGCAAGCACACCAAAAUAGAACAGAGAAAACCUUUUAAACCUACUACAUAAGAAUGUCACGGGGAACAGCAGCAUUGGCAACCAUCCAGUCUAUAACGGAUAUAUUGUAAUGUGGGUCUUAUCUCCCCGUGUUCAGCGGCCUGUUGACCGGAACGCGGGCUUGCGUAUGGUCUGCGCAUCCUGCUAAGAUAAAUUAUACGGAAAUGGAGACGCAUCCUAUCAAGUCUCUCAAUUACCAGGCAUGUAAGGACCAAGAGCAACACAACAAGAGCAAGUCUGCUGUGGUGCGUCUCGUUUGAAAGGCACCAUGUGGAGCGUAUUACUCUUUCUCCUGGUCCAGCCUUUGCACACCGACAGCAUGGUCUGCCCUAGCAGCUGCAUGUGCAACCUAGAGGGGGCCGUCAAAUGUGUGGGCAACAUCAGGGACGUGCCCAAAGGCAUGCCCACCAACAUGUACCUACUUCAGCUGAAUGGCACCAACAUGAAGGUUCUGAACGAACAGAGUCUGGCCAUGUUGCCCCUUAUGCUGCGUUUAGGCAUCAGCCACAGCCCCCUGGACACCAUCCACCCUGAGGCCUUCCAUGUGGCCCCGCAGCUCCUCUCCAUCAAGCUGUCAUCCAACGCCCUCUCCAGCCUCCCUUCCCAGGUGUUCAGCCCCUUGGUCAGCCUGAAGCAGCUGCAUCUGGAUUACAAUCGUCUGGAGUCCAUCGCUCCCGUGUUGUUCGAGGGUCUGGCCAAUCUGAAUGAACUGGACGUCAGUAACAACGCCAUCGCUCACCUCGCCCCCAAUGUUUUCCACGGACUGAGUAGCCUGCGCUAUCUCAACCUGGGGAGAAACUCCCUGCAGCAGCUGCCCCCCACCUUGUUCCACUCAUUGACGCAGUUGCAGUUCCUCAUGCUCUACAACAACAAGCUAGAGCGGCUGGAGGUGGGUGCCUUCGACGAGCUGGCCAACCUCCUGGAGCUCAAACUGCACAACAACCAGAUCGCAUACAUCUCCCCCGAGGUGUUCUGGGCCCUAGGCAACCUCAUGACACUCACCAUGUCCUCCAACCUGCUCCAGGGCGUCCCGAAUGAAAGCUUCUACCACCUUCCCAAACUCACCAAGCUCACUAUCUACAAAAACCCUCUGUUGUCACUGCCUGAUAAGUUGAUGGGCCAAAUGCCCAGGAUGAAGGAAUUCUACCUGUAUGACACCAACCUCAGCACCGUGCCCUGGAACCUGUUUGCCAACAUGAGUGGGAUGGAGAGGCUCUCCCUGCACCUCAACAACAAGCUGAGGGAGCUGCCCCCUGACCUUUUUUGCUGCCUGCCCAACCUCCAGAAGCUUUCUCUCAAGUCCAAUGACAUCCAGGAUCUACAUCCAGAUAUCUUCUCCAAGCUGGCCAAUAUGGACACUCUGCUCCUGAAUGAUAACAAGCUUCGCUCCCUUUCUGAGGACAUAUUUAAGGGCAACCCCAGUUUGGCCAGCAUCGAGCUGAAGAACAACCAGCUGCGGACCCUUCCGGGGGAGGUCUUCUCUACUGCAGGGGGUUUAAGGGUUGUUACUCUGAGUGGCAACCCAUGGGACUGCAGGUGUGGCAUCAGAGACAUUGCAAGUUGGAUAAAGCUUAAUGAAGGCGUGGUUAGUGAUCGGACGGAUGUGAUAUGUCGUAAUCCGUACCCUCUACUUCUCCGCCCACUUGGUUCCCUACUCAACGAAGAGUUUAAGUGUGACGUUACCACACCCUCGAGCAGCCGCUCCACCCGCUCUUCGAUUGAACUCAGCCAUGCCGUUUCCACUACAGCUCUUGAGGAGCAAGAGGUGGUAGACUUCACAGCCACAACUACUGCACCCGAGGCUCCAUCAACCCAACAAACAGAAAAUCCUACUGAGAGUGUCCGGUUCACCACACCUGGGACUAGGCGCACAACAGCUGCCACACCGACCGCCGACGUUCUCGACAUUCUUGACGACGACUAUAUAUUCAAGCCUAUGGGCACCGAAUCGCUCCCCGUCCAUGUCCUAUCCCCGCCCUUCCACGACAGGCUGGUGUUUGAGAACGGGCUCGAGUUUGUGCACAACAACCGCCUAAAGGGCUGGGUUUACCUGUGGACGCUGCAACCCAAUGGGGCUUACGUUGGUUUCCUCAUGGCUCUCCACAUCCUUCUAGUGGCCACAGGCGUGGCCCUGAUUCUGGCUGCCAUGUACGGGAUGUACCGUCUCCACCAGGCCACGGAAGACCUAGGAGCAAUACUCACAAACAGGAAACACGCCAUCAUAUCAGAGAGGAAGCAGAAAGAUGGGUGCCUUCGACGAGCUGUCGAAGAUAAACUGUACUGUGGAGCUGAACAACGUGAGGAUGUGUGGUUCUGGAAGAAACUGGAAUCUCUAAUUAAUUCACAUCUGACAUUUCUGAAGAGGGAGCACAGUGACAAGAGAGGAUACAAGAUAGCAGACACUCCCCACCAACUCAUUUCUCCGUUCACUCAACUGCCAAGCGCUGUACAAGGAGCAUCAAUGGACCUGCCAAUCAACCUCCUCAUCUUUCUCCUCCUCCUUGCCAUCAGUGGAGUUCUUGGAGCGUGCCCAGAUGGAUGCCAGUGCAAAGACAACAAAAUCCUUUGCCAUGGCAGGUCAAUCACAGAGUUUCCCUCCUCAGUGCCUGGUUCCACUACCACCUUCUACAUCUCCAACACAAACAUCACCGCUCUCAAACCUGAUGACUUGGCUGAUUUUGCCGAGGCCCUUGGCAUCUUUGUGGUCAAAGACACUGGGAUCAGAGAAGUAUUCCCUGGCACCUUUGACCUCACCCAUAACUUGGGUGCCCUGGGCUUCACAGGCACUGAGCUGAAUGACCUGCCUGAGGCCCUGUUUCUAAAUCUGGUGAAGCUGGAAUCUCUGACUCUGAGCGGCAACAAGUUCCUGGUGCUUCGCCCCGCCUGGCUCUACUCCCUCGCUGCUCUGAGGACCCUGGACUUCAGCAAGAACCUCAUCACGUCUGUACCAGAGAAAGCCUUUCGCUCUGUCACUCAGCUGGAGCAUCUCACCCUGGCCAGGAACGGCAUCAACCAACUCUAUAGGGACACCUUCAGGGGCCUGAGCAAGCUCAAAUCCCUGCGUCUGAACCGGAACGCUCUUAGGGCGAUCCCUGCUGGAGCGUUUGAUGACCUGGUAAGCCUGGAGGAGCUCUCUCUGCAGGAUAAUGCCAUCACUCAUCUCCCCGCUAACCUGUUCUCCCAGCUGCAGAGGCUAAAGAAGCUUUAUCUCUCCAGCAACCGGCUAACUUCCCUCCCAGAGGGGAUUCUCCUCAACCUCCCUAACCUGGCACAGAUCUCCCUGUAUGAGAACGAGCUCCAGAGUCUGUCCCCAGGAGUGUUCGGCCCCAUGGCCGUGAGGGAGCUGUGGCUGUAUGACAACCGGCUAACCCACCUGGAGGAACACACCUUCAGCAACCUGACUCAGCUGCGUCUGCUGGUACUGAGCCGGAACCAGAUCAGCUCUGUGUCUCCCGGGGCCUUCAGUGGGCUGGCAGAGCUGGGGGAAGUGUCCCUACACACCAACCUCCUCACCAGCCUGCAGGAAAGCACCUUCCAGGGGCUGCAUAAGCUGGUAAACAUCUCCCUGGAGCACAAUUACAUCCACUCCCUUCCUGCCAGGCUUCUCCAGGGCCACUCCCACCUUGGCCAGCUGGACCUCCACAACAACUCCCUCCUCAACCUGCCCUCAGAGCUCCUCAGCACCCUCACGGUGGCCAAUGAGGUGCUGCUCGCUGAAAAUCCCUGGAAGUGUGACCAGGACAUCGUGCCACUGCGGGACUGGCUGAUACGGAACCCCACCAAGGCUAACCUCAGUACUGUGGUGUGCCUCACGCCCUCUGUCUUAAGCGGUGACAGCAUAGCCGAACUGACUGACGAGGAGUUGAUGUUGUCCACUCCGACCGCCGUCCCUGAUAUCACCCCGACAGAGAAGAGGAGGAAGCCCCACACCCCCGCUCCCAAGAGGAGCACCCCCUCCCCUGCUGCAGAGGCCACGCCCACCCAGGAGCAGGGGGAGGACACCAGCAGUGGGCAGGGGAACGGAGAGGGUGUGUCCAGGAACACACAGAUCAUUAUCAUCGCGGUGGUCUGCACCGCCAUCAUCACCAGUAUCAUUGUCUUCUGCGUCUGCUGGAGGAGGAACAACAGAGGCAGCCGCAACCUUGGCCGCAGGAACAAAAACAACUCGGUCAUCUAGACUGGUCCAGAGGCCUGAGAACCACAUGGGAGAUGUACUGUACAGUUAUGCUGAGCAUGCCAGAGCAAAUAUCCUGAUGCAGCUGUUCCCAAACAUCUUAGCACAGGAACCCAUCAUGUCUCUAUCAUGUAUCUUCAAGAACUCAUGACCAAGGACAGACUAGCUGGGGCCUGAUCCUUGGGGAACUCUACUUUGAUCGAAUAAGUUAUUCUGAUUGGGAUCCCAUAAUAUUAUAACUAGACAAUUUUGCAAGUCCCUCUUCAGCAAGCUUUCUGAGGUUUGAACACUAUCUUGCACAAAUAACCAAAAAGAACAUCUCAUAAACCAACAAUAAUCAUCUGGAAAUUGCAUGGAUGGAAUGCACAAAAUGCCAUUAAUCUUUUUUCAAUACUGGUAAAAAAGUUGAACGUAUACAACUGAAGUCAGAAGUCACCAUACACGUGGAUUGGAGUUAUUAAAGCUAGUUUUUCAACCACUCCACACAUUUCUGGUUAACAAACUAUAGUUUUGGCAAGUCGGUUAGUAAAUCUAUCAUAAUUCCAGUGGGUCAGAAGUUUACAUACACUGAGUUAACUGUGCUUUCAAACAGCUUGGAAAAAUUCUGAAGAUCAUGUCAUGGCUUUAGAUGCUUCUGAUAGGCUAAUUGAUGGAUGUAUUUCAAGGCCUACCUUCAAACUCAGUGCCUCUUUGCUCGACAACAUAGGGAAAUCAAAAGAAGUCAGCCAAGGCCUCCACAAGUCUGGUUCAUCCUUGGGAGCAAUUUCCAAACGCCUGGAAGUAGCACGUUCAUCUGUACAAUGGUGUGAAAAGUGCAAAUCAAUCCCAGAACAACAAAGGAUCUUGUGAAGA